UUUUCUGAACGAUUGUUAUUUUCCUCCUGCAAUUUUGCAACUUUUUUGAGUUUUCUUUUUCUUCUAGCUCAGAUUUUGUGCCACUUGAUAAAAGCGUUUGUGUUUCAAUCGAUUAUGCCGAUUUGAUUUCAUGCAAUUUUUGUUUCUUCAGUCACUGAACCCCAAUAUGUAUACUGUUAUCGUAUUUUGAGGGGUUUACGCUUGUAAAAAUGCAUGAUUAAAUGGGUCCAGAAAGAUUUCAUGAUGAAAGCAUAGCUGAGCUCAUUUUGCUGUACAUGUUUUUUUUCAUCCCUAUUUCCUGAAAAAAUCUUGUCUUUUUCUGUGGAGAAUUUAAAUGGGUGAUGACUUAAAAAUGCACUGAAUGCUUUGAAAGUUACAAACUCAUUGAAAAGGUUUGGCUUUUAACUUCGAUUCUGAAUCUGUGAAUGUGCGGUGGAAUCUCCUAUUUGCAAGGAUCUAAAACUGAACGAAAGGAGUGGAAUCAUAGAGCUGCAUUAUGGGGCAAAGAAGGAGAAAUAAAAAGCAGAAGAAGCCUAUAGAUAUUGAUUGGGCAGGUCUGCCUGACAAUAUUCUUGAGAUAAUCUUUGAGCGACUGAAUCUGAUGGAUUGCAUGUCUGUUAGUGAGGUUUGCAAAUCUUGGAGACAUGUUGUUGCACAAGAACUUUCUGGUUGGCAAGGGCAUGGGUUUCCAUGGCUCUUGAUGUCUGGUGAGAAAGACAAAAGGGUAAGGACUUGUGUUAGCAUACUACAGGAGCAAGAGUGGGAGAUGUUGCUUCCGGAGGCUUGUGGUAGAUACUGCUGGGGAUCAUACCAUGACUGGUUGAUUCUAGUAAAAGAUCUUGGCUCUUUCAGGCUUGAUAUUAGCUUGUUUAACCCAUUCACUCGGAAACAAAUUGAUCUUCCCGGAGCAUGGAACUUCUAUCACAAGAUGGUUCUCUCAAGGCUUCCCUCUCUUGAAAACUUUAUCUGCAUGCUGGUUCAUAGUCACUCCCAGAAGCUUGCCUUUUGGGUCCCAGGAGCUCAAUCAUGGCUUGAGCAUAAGCUAGAUGGUGAACCAUUUGUGGAUGCUGUCUUCUCCGAUGGAAGUUUCUAUCUCAUUGGCAAUGAUUAUAACAUUUGGGAAAUUAAGGGUGCUGAUAUUUGUGCUGCCAUUAACAGAGUCAAUGCAUCUGCCCCUGAUGCUUUUGAUGUCGAAAGGCAUUUCCAUGAAGUAACUAUGUCAGAUGAGCAUGAAAAUAAUGGUGUGCUGAAGUAUCUUGUGGAAUCUUGUGGGGAGCUUUUACUUGUUUGUAGGUUAUAUAGUACUAACCCAGGUGCUGUGCUGGUAACAAAUUAUUUUAAGGUAUAUUCACUGGAUUUUAGCCAAAUGUCCUGGAAGAGGGUAGAGAGUUUGGGAGAUCGAAUACUAUUUCUGGGCAAGUGUUGUUCGAGAUCUGUCUCUUCCAGUGGACUUGGUCUUAAUGCGACUGAUUGUAUCUAUUUCUCUAAUGAUCAUGCUGUUCCGUGGUGGAACGAAUGGGAUUCUGAUCAUCUUGAUGGCAUUUCAACUCGUCUUGGUCUGGACAAUAGUGGGAGAAAGGAUUGGGGCUUUUUCAGCCUCAGCAACAAGAAUCAUGAAACUUUGUCUAUUCGGUUCCGUGGCAAUCGGGACAGAUGGGGACCUGUUUGGUUUACUGCGCCACAGUGGUGGUGUUGUAAGAAUUUGGUUCUUGCCUAGUACUGAAUUUAUCUCAUCUGAGGGUAUCUUGUUGCGGUUAGCAUCUCAAGUUAGGAGCUCAUUUCAGGUACAAAUGACAUUGUACAGCCUUGGUGUAGAAGGCAUAUUUUGUAAGUAGAUUAGGAAAGUAUCAGACAUGUCACUAUAAUCUAAUAUUAUUAUUAGUGAAAAUCUUUUGUGUCAAGCCCUUGGAUUAGCCCAGGGAAUUAGGUCAGGAAUAUGCUAUGUCAGACAUUUGAUCCCUCAAUGGUCGGUGCUUGCACUGGUUAUUGUAAUUUGGUGGUCCAUGUGAAUCUGACCGACCUUUUUACAUGAAGAAAAUGGCUUGCUUUUGUUCA